AUGACUUUCUAUGACAUCGAAGUCCUCAAUAUUGAAAAGGAACCCGUUAAACUUAGUCAAUAUAAAGGGAAAAUUCUAUUGAUCGUAAACGUGGCUUCAAAAUGUGGUUUCACUUCUCAAUAUAAUAAUUUAGGAAGCCUCCAAGAAAAGUAUAGCAAGAAAAAUCUAGUGGUCCUUGGAUUCCCCUGUAACCAAUUUGGUAGUCAAGAACCCGGAACUGAACAAGAAAUCAAAAGCUUUGCGUGCGAGUAUACUAAACGAUCCGAACCACCCUUCCCGUUGUUCGCAAAGGUUGAAGUCAACGGAGAAAACGCUUCGGACCUUUAUAAGUUCCUUAAAGAUUCUGAUAUAAAACGUGUAAAUAAAAAUAAAAUACCUGAAGAAAACGAAAGUGCAAAAUUUGAAAUUAAAUGGAAUUUCGAAAAAUUCCUGGUCGUGGACGGAAAAGUGAUUCAUAGAUACCAUUCCAACGAAUUGCCUGAUGAAAACAAUCCAAAUGAUCCGCUCAUCAAAGCUCUCUAA